GUUGGGGGAUUUGUAAAGAAAGGGGAAGACGAAGAAGCGGCAAUUUCGGCCACUCUCGCUCUUGUACUUUGAUUUCUCAUCAACGUUUUAUCUCUCUCUAUUUCUUUCCCUAAAUACAUGCAACCCUAACAAUUCGUUCGAUUCCACUCUCUCUCUCUCCCUCUCCUCUCUCUCUCUCUGGGGCUAUGGCGGAUGAUAAGAGAAAGAAGAAGAGAGGGAGAAGCAAGGGUUUCAGGUUUUGCUUUCGGUCCUCCGCCGCCGAUGAAGCGUCUUCAUCUGUUAAUAAAUCCGAUGGCCUGGAAACCAAAAACGGACCGUUAGGAAAACCGGUUUUGACAGGGAAAGAGUUGCUUCCGGAUGGGAAGAUGGUCAACGGUGGCGUCGCCGAUAACGGCGGUGAUUGCGUUGUCAAACGUCCGUCUCGUCGACGACGAUUCUCUCGUGUACUUAAAGCCGUUUUGUUUGAUUCAAUGAAGACGAAGAAGAAGAAGAUUCGUAGAAGUUCUUCCAAAUCUUCGAUUGCUUCAGAUACGAGCGAGUCGUCUUCUUCAUCAAGCGAGAAAAUCGGCAAAUCAUUUGAAGACAUUAAUGCAUGUAGUAAGGAAUGUGCAGAUUUGGAUGAUUCUUGUAGUCAUUCAAAUCUAUUCUCAUCUUCUUCCCGAACAACUCUUUCCUCAGCCUCUACCUCCUCCUCUUCGUCCAUUAAUUCUAAUUCCCGAUGGUCUUCUGACCAAAAAUCAUCAUCCCGUUUAGAUUCAGUCGAUAACAGAGAUUCUGUUCCAUCAAAUUCAUCAAUCUCAAACAAAUCAAAUCGUAUCAACUCCACUUCUCGAUCAUCUUUUGAGCAAAAAGUAUCUUCUGCAACAGAUACACCCAUCAUUUCCAUUUCUAGACCCUCCUCAUAUCAAAAGGAAUUAUCCCGACUGGAUUCGAGAACUUCGGUUUCAUCUAAAUCCGAUAAGAUCAAAUCCGGAAGCAAAAAUGGAAGCAUCCGCUGGUGUUUAUUUCUUCUCUUUAGCCUAAUUGUACUCGUGAUUUGGGGUAGACUCUUCUCCAUUCUCUGGACAUCAAUCUCGUUUUACUUUGUGCCUCGCCCCCGGCUAAAACGAGUCAACUCAGUACCCACCACGACCGAGUUUCUUGAUUUUGACUCGGAUCAGUACAAGAAAAAAGUAAUCAUGGCUGGAUUGCUUGAUAGGACUCGUCCGAUCCGGUAACACUACAGGAAAAAUAUCAGGUCAGUUUGUAGUCUGUACGGAAUGUGUAUAAAAAUGUGUUAUGUAUAAAAACUAAAACUAUUCACAGAAAAAUGAUAAGUUUGAUUUUCAUUUUGUAAUGGAAGAAAAUUUGGAAU